GUCCCGCACACUGGCCUCCGCCGUCCCACCUCGCACAUCUCGGAGCCCCGGCCGCCCCAGGCCGAGGGCCCACUCGGCCACCGGGAAGCGGGGCCGGAAAUGCCUGCCGCCAUCUUGCCUGCCGGAUGUUCCAAAAUGGGGCUGGGGCUCCCGGGCGCCCUGCUGCUGUUCCUGGGGAGCUCUCUCAUCUACUCAAAUCACGACGCGCUCUCAGAAAGGAGUAGGCGUGGCUCCUCGUGGGAACAGACCCGUCAUCCCCGGUGGCCUGAGGCUGUGAGUAGGAGGCCCAGGCCGCAGAAGGUGCAGCAGGGCCAGGAAGAGGGAGAGUUGGACACAGAGGGCAGUAUCUGUUCCUUCUUCUCUCUGGACCGUCUCCCUUGCCUUUCUCCCACUUCGGUGGUGUUUGAAUUGGGGGCCCUCCUCUUCUGCUUUUCCAACUGCCUUUAUUGUGGAUCAGCACCACUUGCGGAUACAUUCAAGGGGUCUCGGGUUGUAGGGGGCACAGAAGCCCGAAUUGGUGCAUGGCCAUGGAUAGUUAGCUUGCAGAUUCAAUCUGGCAGAUUUCUUAUUCAUGUCUGUGCCGGAAGCUUAGUGAAACAUAGAUGGGUCCUCACAGCUGCCCACUGCACUAAGGACAGUAGAGAUCCUGUAAAGUGGAGAGCUGUGAUUGGAACUAAUAACAUAGAUGGGACGCAGCCACAGACCAAGAAUAUCCAGGUUAAAGCGAUCAUUAUCCAUCCAGACUUCGACACGGAAUCUUAUGUAAAUGAUAUCGCGCUUUUUCAUUUAAAAAAAGCAGUGAGGUAUAAUGAUUAUAUUCAGCCUAUUUGUCUACCUUUUGGUGUUUUCAAAAAACUGAACCGAAACACCAAGUGUUUUAUAAGUGGCUGGGGAAGAACAAAAGAAGAAGGUAAUAUUACAAAGGUCUUACAUGAAGCAGAAGUGCAUUAUAUUUCUCGAAAUUUUUGUAAUUCUGAGAAGAGUUAUGGGGAUAUAAUUCCGGACACUUCGUUUUGUGCAGGUGAUGAAGAUGGAGUUUUUGACACCUGCAGGGGUGAUAGUGGUGGACCACUAAUGUGCUACUUACCAGAACGCAGACGAUAUUAUGCAAUGGGAAUUACCAGUUACGGAUAUGGCUGUGGUCGAAGAAAUUUUCCUGGUGUCUAUAGUGGGCCAUCCUUCUACCAAGAGUGGCUGACAAAUUACCUCUACCAGGCAAGCAAUAAAGGCAUCUUCAACAUAAAUAUUCUACUCGGACAGGUCCUUGUAGCUUUAGGUUCUGUUGUCUUACUAGCAACUCCGUAAAGAAUUUUGAAAAAUCCUUAUUUUGCAUGAUGUCCCUUCCCUCGUUCUACAUAAUGAAAAUCAUUUAUUCUUUUGACAAGUAAUUGCCCACUGUAGAGCUCUCAAGUGAACACUGUUUGGAAUAAAAGGAUUGUGACGUAUUAGAUAUGUGAUUAUGAAUUUGGCACUGAAUCACAUGCUUCCUUGAUGUACCUUGUUUUACUUUAUAAUCAUAAUUUUGCAUUUGGAAUACUUAGCUAGAGUUUGUAUGAAAUAUUCAGUUAAAAAUAUAUUUGAUGUAUAUAAACAUCAAAUAAUAAAGAGUUUAUAAUUAAAAUGAAGGUUGUUCUUUUGUUAAUCAAAACUCCUUUUAAGUUAGAUUGUAUUUUAGUCAAAAACAUUUGUUUGAUAUAUAAUUUGUUUGUUUAUUUGUUUGUUUUUUUGGCUGUGCCUGUGGCAAGCAGAAGUUCCUGGGCCAGGGAUCAAACUGUGGCCAGCUGUAACCCAAAACCACAGCAGUGACAGUGCCAGAUCCUCAAUCCGCUGAGCCAUGAAGGAAUUCCUUCAUUUUCUGAAUUAUCAUCUUGUUUCUGGUUCUCAAAGGAUAUUUGGAGAAGUAAGUAUUUGUCUAUCAUUCAAAUUCUAAUUAAAACUGUUUAACUCUAAAGGAAGUUUUGUUUUCGUUUUUGUAGGGCCGCACCCACAGCAUAUGGAGGUCCCCUGGCAAGGGGUCGAAUGGAGCUGUAGCCACCAGUCUACACCACAGCCACCG